AGGGCAGAAAAUCCGAGGAGAGGAGCGAGGGAUCAAGAGAAAUUUGGAGGCCGCGGCCAUGGCCAUGGAGGUCACCCAGGUCCUCCUCAACGCGCAAUCCGCCGAUGGCAGCGUCCGCAAGCUCGCCGAGGACAAUCUCCGCCAGUUCCAGGACCAGAAUCUCGCCGCCUUCCUCGUCUCGCUCAGCGGCGAGCUCGCCAGCGACGACAAGCCGCCCGAGAGCCGCAAGCUCGCGGGGUUGAUCCUCAAGAACAGCCUCGACGCCAAGGACGCCGGGCGGCGCGCGGAGCUAGGGGACCGCUGGCUGCUGCUGGAUUCCGCCGCCAGGGCACAGAUCAAGGCCGCGCUGGUGGCGACGCUGGCGGCGCCAGUGGCGGAGGCGCGCCACACGGCGGCACAAGUGAUUGCAAAGGUGGCGGCGAUAGAGCUCCCUCGCCAGGCGUGGCCAGAGCUCAUCCCAGGCCUCCUCGCCAACGUCACGUCCUCCAUGGGUGUCGCCAAUGCCGCCCAUCUCAAGGAGGCGACGCUGGAGACUCUGGGCUACGUGUGUGAGGCCAUUUCUUCCGAGGUUCUCGCGCAGGAUCAAGUAAACUCCGUGCUCACGGCGGUCGUGCAAGGUAUGAACUCCUCCGAGGCGAGCAGUGAGGUGAGGCUGGCCGCCACCAACGCGCUCUACAAUGCGCUCGACUUCGCGCAGACCAACUUCGACAACACGGUGGAGCGAGACUAUAUCAUGAGGGUGGUCUGCGAGGCAACUUUGUCACCGGAUUCUCGAGUCCGCAAGGCCGCGUUUGAGUGCCUGGUUUCGAUCGCGUCCACGUACUACGAGAAGCUGGCGCCUUACAUGAAGGAUGUUUUCGCGAUCACUUCCAAGGCUGUCAAGGAGGACGAGGAGUCCGUGGUGCUGCAAGCUCUCGAGUUUUGGAGCUCCAUUUGCGACAUAGAGAUCGAGCUCUUGGACGAGUUCUCGACGACCGGGGAUUCGGAGCUGUCCAACUUCCAUUUCAUCAGGCAGGCUCUGCCUUACCUCGUCCCGAUGCUGCUGGAGACGCUGACAAAGCAGGAGGAGGGGCAGGAUCAGGACGAGGACGUGUGGAACUUGGCUAUGGCGGGAGGGACUUGCUUGGGACUGGUGGCCAAAGCGGUCGGGGAUGAUAUCGUUCCGCUCGUCAUGCCUUACGUGCAAGAGAACAUCUCGAAGCCCGACUGGCGGUGCCGAGAGGCGGCGACUUACGCGUUUGGAUCCAUUCUCGAGGGACCCGGACCGGACAAGCUCGCGCCGCUCGUCACCAGCGCUCUACCAUUCAUGCUCAACGCCAUGAAAGACGAGAACAGCCACGUCAAAGACACCACCGCGUGGACGUUGAGCCGGAUCUUCGAGUUUCUUCACGGUCCCAGUGUGGAUACGUCGGUGGUGAACCAGGCCAACCUCCCGUUGAUCCUGUCAGUGCUGCUCGAGAGUAUCAAAGACGCACCGAAUGUUGCCGAGAAAGUUUGCGGGGCGAUCCAUGCGGUGGCUGUCGGCUACGACGAUUCCUUGACGAGCACCGGUGGCAGCAAUCCUCUGUCACCUUUCUUCCAGAACAUCGUUCAGGCGCUUCUGGCGGCUGCCGACCGAGAGGAUGCGGCGGAGACGAGGCUGAGAAUCGCGGCAUACGAGACUCUCAACGACGUGGUGAAGUGCUCGUCCGAUGACACUGUCGCGGUCGUGGGUCAGCUGGUUCCGGUGAUCAUGGAGAAGCUCGGGCAGACACUCCAAAUGCAGGUACUCUCGGUGGACGAUCGUGAGAAGCAGAGCGAGCUCCAAGCCCUGCUUUGCGGGGUUUUGCAAGUGCUCAUCCAGAGGCUGAGCUCCAGCGAGCCGACCAAGUACGCGAUGGUACAGUUUGCGGACCAGAUGAUGGGGCUGUUCUUGAGAGUCUUCGCGUGUAGGAGUGCGACGGUUCACGAGGAGGCGAUGCUCGCCAUCGGGGCACUGGCGGAUGCUAUCGGAGUGGAGUUCGGGAAGUACAUGCAGGAGUUUUACAGAUACUUGGAGAUGGGACUCCAAAACUUUGAGGAGUACCAGGUGUGCGCCGUGACGGUCGGGGUCGUGGGUGAUAUAUGCCGAGCUCUCGAGGACAAAGUUCUCCCUUUUUGCGACGGGAUAAUGACGCAGCUGCUCAAGGACCUGGGAAGCAACCAGCUCCACCGCUCCGUCAAGCCGCCAAUCUUCUCGUGCUUUGGAGACAUUGCGUUGGCCAUCGGGGAGAACUUUGAGAAGUACCUGAGCUACGCGAUGCCGAUGCUCCAGAGCGCUGCGGAGCUCUCGGUCAUGCAAGCGGCCGGAGACGAUGAGAUGCUCGACUACAACAACCAGCUGAGAACAGGGAUACUGGAGGCGUACUCGGGGAUUUUCCAGGCAUUCAAAGGCACCAAGCCGGAGGCGAUGAUGCCUUACGUAGCUGGCAUAUUGCAGUUCAUCGAGAGUGUGUACCAAGACAAGGAGAGAGAUGAUGUGGUUCUUAAAGCUGCGGUGGGAGUGAUGGGCGAUAUGGCCGACUGUUUAGCAGGCACCAGCGCACAGUUCUUCCGAAACUCGGCCUUCUACAAGGAUUUCCUGGACGAGUGCUUGUCGUCGGAUGAUCACCGGCUCAAGGAGACCGCGGAGUGGGCUCAGGCGACGAUCAAUCGCUACAUGGUGUAACGCUCGCUCGAGAGGUAACAAGCUUGAUCCUUAGACUCCCAUCCAUCAUCGGUCUUCCUCCAUAUUCAUUCAUUUCUUUUGAGCUUUCUUCUUCUUCUUCGCUUUCAUUGCGCUUCCUUGUAAACUUGAGUCCUCUUCUCCCUCGCCAUCUCCAUCUUUCUUCCAUUUUUUUUUCCUUUGCUUUGGUUCUUUUUUCUUUUUCCACUCUUUGAGCCUUUGGGCUUUUAGAAAUUUAGCAGCAGCUCCGGCUCCCGAGUGAGAGAGCAGCAGCGUGAAAAGAGUCAGUUUGAGUGAGGGCAGCGAAGCGUAUAAUUUUGUCCAAUACGUGUUCUCGCUGCCCUCUUUUGUAGGUGAAAGAGGCUCCGAGCGAUGGAACCUCACAGAAAAAAGUCAGUGUAAUUUUUAUUUAAAGAAAUUAUUAUUACACAAAAUAAAAACUAAUUUUUAA